UUAAAUGACUUUAAUUGAACUAGGCGAGUUUGUACAGGUACGGUACGGGUCUCAACCUGCCGGGUUGGGUCUGGAUCCAGAAUUGAAUUCGACACGGCUUGUAGUGUGUAAAGGGUCGGUUCCAGCGCGGAGGUCUCCAGGUGCACGGCAGGCACAGGUGUGCAAAACUGGACUCGUGCAGAAGUUUCUGAACUGCUGCGUUCGAAAGCUUUCGUGCCACAGAGCUUCGUUGUUGCAGGUUUCUGACACCGCCGAGAUUAAAGGUCUUUGACCUCGUUCGGAUCGAGGUGUGGCGGUUUACACGGUUUCAUUUCUAGACAAACCGGGGUGGCCUUGGACGGACAGACCUUAAAGACGGCUCAGGAGGACGCUCAGAGGCGACUUUGGGCCCGUACAAACACUGAGAUCUUGGUGUGGUCCUGGACUCGGGUCUUUGCAGGUCUCAUAUCAGACAGCCGCAGCUUAUUCUGAGUCCUCAGCAGUAAGGCCAGGAGAGACCACAUCAGUCCAGUUCUCAGACCUUCAGGGCUUAAAACUUUUCUGUUUGCAUUUUAUUAAGUUAAAUUCAGGACUGUGUAUUCAUGUCUUCACUGUAGCAGCACUUAUUGUGCUUUAGCUUAUUUUUACCUUCCAUUUUAUUUAGUUUGACUUAUUUUUUUAUGUUUGUUUUUUUUUUAUGUUGUCUUGUGUUUCUUGUCUUUCGUGGAAAGCACUUUGACCCGCCUCGUUGCUGAAAGGCGGCGGACAGAUAAGCCUGCCUCACGUGUUUCACACUCGAAUGCCAGGUUGUAAAGUUCAAGUUUAACAAUCUAAAUAAAGUCCAACGUUGCGCCUGAGACUGGGCGUCCGGCUGAGAUUGAGAGUUUGGUUCCUUCAGAUGUUGUUCGCUCUGAGGAAGAAUCUCUCUCUCUCUACAGCUCAGUGAAGUAAUCGCGUUCACAUCCAUUAACUUUCUGUUAUUUCAUUCAAAGUUUCUCCACACUUCCUCCUACUAGUUCGCCAGCACACAGAGAGAGAGAGAGAGAGAGAGAGAGGCGCUCAGUUAUCUGUUCAAUUAUUAACUAACGGGUUAAAUAUAGAGGCAGAACUGAGAGAGGUAGAGGAACAGAGAGGUUGUAUUUGAACCUCAGUGCUGGUCAGACUGCAGCCGCAGAGCUGAGAGUCAGUCAGAGGAGGUGCUGUCUGAUGUUGGUUGAUGCGACAUGGAGCUGCUGCCCUCCCUGCUGUCCGCUCUAAAGGCCGUGGACCCCGAGACUCUGGAUCAGGAGUACAAUGUGGUGCGUUCACAGACCUCUGUGUUAAAGAGAGACCUGAGUUUGACCAGUGAUGCCGGAGCGCUGAAGGAAAACGUCAAGAAGAACAGAUACAAAGACAUCCUGCCAUAUGACCAGUCUCGGGUGGUGUUGUCUCUGCCGACCACAGACUCUGACUCUGACUACAUCAACGCCAGCUUCAUCAAGGGGGCGUCAGCGCACAGCUGGUACAUCGCCGCUCAGGGUCCGCUCAGCUCCACGCUCACCGACUUCUGGAGGAUGAUCUGGCAGCAUGACGUCAAGGUGAUAGUCAUGGCCUGCAGAGAAAUAGAGAUGGGAAAGAAGAAGUGUGAGUGUUACUGGGCUCCAGCUCACCAGUCUGCUGCAUUUGGACCGUUUACUGUCUGCAACCAGGAGGAGACGCAACCUAACGAAGACCUGGUGGUCCGGGCUCUGACUGUCACGUACCAGCAGGACAGCCGUUCAGUGACUCAGUAUCAGUUCCUGUCGUGGCCGGAUCACGACGUUCCCUACGAGGCUGCAGGAGUCCUGGACCUGCUGGAGAGAGCCAGAAACAGCCAGGGAACACACACCUCGCCUCUGCUGAUACACUGCAGUGCGGGCUGUGGGAGGACAGGAGUCAUCUGUGCUCUCGACUACAUCCAUGACCUGCUGGUUACCAAGCAGAUCACAGCGGACUUCAGCAUCAUGAAGCUCGUCCUGGAGCUCCGGAGGCAGAGAGCGUCUGCCGUCCAAACUAAAGAUCAGUACGAGUUCAUCUUCACGGCUGCCGUCUGCAUGUUCGAACGAGUCCUGCAGUCGGCCGGCCGCCAGCUCUACGGAAACCUGCCUGAGCCGAAGAAACCAGAGAAGAAAACCAGAAGAUCACCUGCUUCCUCCUGCAACAGACAGUCACAGCAGAUUGACAUGAGUGACACAUACGCUGUGGUCAACAAGCCCAAACACCACCACCCAUCUUCACCGAGCCCCAACUACUCUCUUGUAGCCACGCCCAGAUCCAGCAGGUCCCUGCCCCCGUCCCAUCACUAUGACAACGACCCCGCGGGAGCGUCGGCGGCUGCCGUCUACAGCACCGUCACGCCCCGAGCUAGACCGCUCACCCUGCAGCACGCCGCACCCAUCUACGACACGGCAGUUCCAGCCAAUCACAGGCUGGGGGAGGGGCCGCCGUCGCUAGGCAACGAUGGAGAAUACAACCUGAUUGCAGCUGAACCUCUUUCAACAGCAGACGACGAUUAUGAAGAUUUCUCCUCUUCGGUCUCGGACAUGAGCAGCCUGUGUUCACCUGGCGGUAUCGGGUUCAACUGUCGCGUUCAGAAGCCCAGAGGACCCAGAGACCCUCCAGCUGAGUGGAGCCGACUGGAGAGAUGAACUGGCUAAACUGGAUUUUGCUGGUUUACAGUAGAGUGUCAGACGGGACUGGAUCAGUGCGGGAUUCUUUUGGAUCGAGCUGGACUGCGAGGCCGGUUGUGUGUGAGCUGAUGUCCUGGUGUGAUCGGACCAGGACCUGUCCCGUUCCCCUGAUGAAAACAGCAGGUCUUCAUGCUAAACAUCUGCGCUGCAGUGCUUGUGUCGCUUAUAAAUUAUUGUUUUUUGAUACUCUGACAAACUGCCUGAGAAGAAUUUUACAUGUGUGUCAAAUGUGUGUGUUUAAAAUAACUCAUUAUUACAGACGUGAACUAA